AUGUUUUUCACGUAUUUCCUUGCGUUUUCCUUUUUGUGUUUCAGUCUCAUCGGUUGUCAAGUGGUGGACCCCGAUCAGGAAUACGCCCGCCUUCAUCUUUCUCAGCUCGAUAAAAGGAAUUGGAAAAAACCUCCUCCUCCUCCUUCCACCAAUGCUUCUUACGCUCCCGUAACCGGCUCUUGUAGCGGAUCGCAGCAACUUCUCCAUUCCUUAGAGUCUGGCCAGCUUCCACAAUUAGAAUCCGAUUUUCUCAAAAAACGCUCCCAGUCUUCAAAUGAGGCUCUUCGUUUCUUUUUACAAUCUGCCCAUUCCACCUCUUCUCUCGAUUUGGACAGCCUUCUCGGUGACAAUGGCCCUCGUUUAGGAAUUGCCGUCUCUGGUGGCGGCUACCGUUCCAUGUUUUAUGGUGGUGGUGCUCUAGCUGCGUUUGAUCGUCGAAGCAACGAAACCACUUUGGGUGGUCUUUUGCAAGGUGCUAGUUAUAUCACCGGUGCUGAUGGAGGCUCUUGGCUUGUCAGCUCUUUAGCCAUCAACGAUUUCCGUACCGUGCAAAACUUGUCUUCCUCCAUUUGGUAUUCUCGUCUUGGUAUCUUUUUCGUCGAGGAAACUCACUUUGGCGACAAUAAAAAUUAUUAUACUGAUCUUGUCGACGAAGUCAACCAAAAAGCCGCUGCCGGCUUCAAUGUGAGCUUGACCGACUAUUGGGGUCGUGCUAUCGCUCGCCACACAACUGGUCGCCUUCGUGGUGGUCCCGAUACAACCUACUCUUCCGUGCAAAAAGCUUCUUGGUUCCAAGAUGCUGAAUAUCCUUAUCCCAUUCUCGUCUCUCAAGGCUUGCCUGGUGCACUUUCCGAUGGUCAUAAUGCCACUUUUGCAAAUUCAAGCAUUUACGAGUUUUCUCCUUACUACUUCAACACAUUCGAUAAUAACGUUCGCGCUUACAUGCCCCUCGAAUAUCUUGGAACCAAGUUAAGCAAUGGCUCUGCUGUCGAUAACAAGUGUGUGACUCAAUUCGACAAUGUUGGAUUCUUGAUUGGCACUUCAUCCACGCGCUUCAAUGAAGCUCUCAUGGACGUUAGUUUGCGUCAGUCGCGUAUGAGCCGUCGUCUUGGCUUUACCUUGCGCCAUAUGAGAAUCAAUGGCUCAGCGGUUAGCUACUACAACAACAUGUUUCAUGGCGCCUCUUCUAUAGCAGGUGAUGGAACUGCUUCUUCCGAUGGUUUGACCACUGCUCCUUAUGUUGACUUGUACGACGGUGGUGCCGAUAAGCAAAACAUUCCAGUCUGGCCUUUGCUUCAGCCAGAACGCCGUGUUGACGUUGUUUUGGCCCUCGAUGCUAGCGGUGAUACUGACAACAACUGGCCAAAUGGUACAUCCUUAGUUUCUACCUAUGAACGCAUUACUCAAAAGGCUUCCGAUGCUUCCUACGGAGUAACCUCCUUUGUUCAUAUUCCGUCUGUGGAAACCUUUAUCAACCUUGGCUUAAAUAGUCGUCCAACCUUCUUUGGUUGUGAUGGACGCAACACUACCAGUCAAAGCCAACACGUUGAUGAGAAUACUCCUCCUUUGUUGGUUUAUCUCCCCAAUUCACCCUGGACGGCCGAUUCAAAUAUUGCUGAUGACCGCUAUCGCCUUGGCAAUUCUGACAUACAAGGUUUGGUUCGUAACGGUUUUGUCGCUGCUACCCAAAAUAGUUCUACCGAUUUUGCUUCUUGCUUGGCUUGUGCAGUUGUUCAAAGAUCUCUGGAACGUACAAAUCAAACCACUUCUCAAGCUUGUCAGCAAUGCUUUUCUCAAUACUGUUGGAACGGUACAGUUGACAAUUCCCCUGUAUUUGAUCAAAAAGGAAACGUUAAAUAUAGUCCCGCUGUAAAAAGCGGUGCCAUGCAUCUUUCCACUAAUGUUUUGUUAACUACCUUGCUUGCUAUUUUGCUUACUUUUGGUAUUUUAAACUAA